UCCUGUACAAGACGAACUGAGAGUUUGGCAUGACGACCACCAGUGUCCAGGGUGAUGGCAGACAAUGAUGCGAUUCCGCUUGGAUUCGUGGUGGUUUGGAGUUCCACUCCUUGUUCGAGGGCCUUUGAUCAACUUGCCCGUGGUCCUGGCCACGGAUUACCCACCAAUCCAAGUGGUCUGCAUUGCGAUGAUUCUGACCACUACGAUGGUCAUGCAGAUGCUUGCCUGGCCUUGGAAGGUCCCUCUGCUGAACGUGACGGACUGCAUCAUCUCCUUCUGCAUUGUUUUGACCGUGACCACCUCCACUUUGUACCUCAACAAAAUUGAUCCUGCAAUGUAUGGUUUCGCCAGUGGAGUCAGCACAGCCAUGCUCAGUGGAAUUUUUGGUGCUAUCAGCAUCAUGGUCUGUAUGACCGUCAGUGCGCUCAUCUACCGCAGUGCUAUGGGCGGACAGAAGGAGCUGAGGAUGUUCAACCUGGGUCGCGUUCCGAAUUCCGAGGAACUUUCCAAGAAGGUCAAGGAAAUGGCGAUGAUGUUGGAGAAGAGCGACACAGGGGACAUAGCAUCGAAGCUCGCAGCCUUGUCGGUCUUCGACACCCAGAAGAUCACCACCUGCGUCACUCUCUUGGCUACAGAGGUUGCGCCGCCGCUUGAAGAUGCACGAUCCUUCAAGUUCAACAAGCGCAUUGCGUCCUCUUCCUUCGACCCCGCCUUGAAGAGGAAGCCCCAAUCCCUCAGGCUCACAAGGCAGAAGAAGGAGGCUGAGCAACCCGUCGAGAGCAAUGAAAUGGUCGAAAUCGCGCCGGCGAUGCAGCAAGCCGAGAAUGUGGAGAAGGAUGUUGUCCACAAGAGCGAAUGGAUUUAAGCUCUGCGUGUUGUGACCCAGUGUUUGAUCCGUCCGACAUUGUGAUUCCUGCCGCGAGCCAUCUGGGCUGGCAGGCCACAGCAACAUGUAAAAUGUAACAUGUUGUGCUGGGCGGUUAUUUUUUAAAACUCUUUGUUUGCUUUCCCGCGUUUUUCACCUGCACUCAGCUUGACACUGUUCCUAC